UCGCCUGUUCCUGACUCAUGAGUCCGUUUUGUCUCUUAUAAUUCCAAGACAAUGGUGCUCUUUAAAGGCUUGCUGAUAUUAACAAUUUUUUAUGGUGCUUUAGCUGCUUCUGGACCACUUCCAGUUGUGCUAUGGCAUGGAAUGGGUGAUACUUGCUGUUUUCCCUUCAGCAUGGGUUCCAUAAAGAAACUAAUUGAAACUGAAAUAAAUGGCACAUAUGUACUGUCGUUAAGGAUCGGCGGCAAUAUUGCACUAGACUAUGAAAGCGGUUUCUUCCUACAUCCUGACGAUCAAGUGCGUUAUGUGUGUGAUCAAUUAAUCAAAGACGAACAGCUAGCAGGAGGCUACCAUGCUAUUGGCUUCUCACAAGGCGGACAAUUUUUGCGUGCUGUGGCUCAACGCUGUUCUAGUCCCCCUAUGAAAACAUUGAUUUCUAUAGGUGGACAGCAUCAAGGCGUCUUCGGUUUGCCGAAAUGUCCAUCACUUUCAAACAACGCUUGUGAACACCUACGGAAGUUAUUGUAUCGCGCUGCUUAUAAAGAAUGGAUUCAACGCGAAUUGGUACAGGCUACUUAUUGGCAUGAUCCGUUACACGAAGAGGAAUAUCGACAGAAGAGUUCAUUUCUUUCAAAUAUAAACAACGAAGUGUUUAUCAACCAAACUUAUAUCGAUAAUCUAAAUAAACUCGAAAAAUUUGUUAUGGUCAUGUUCUUGAAUGAUACCAUAGUUCAGCCCAGAGAAUCGCAAUGGUUUGGUUUCUAUGCACCUGGUCAAGAUACAGCAAUUCGACCACUAACUCAAAGCGGAAUCUACGAAGAUCUCGGACUAGAUAAAAUGGAUCAUGACGGCAAACUAUUACAUUUAUCUGUAGAAGGUGAUCAUUUACAAAUGACUAGCACUUGGUUCAUAGAAAAUAUUAUACCACUGCUUAAAAAGAACUAAGAGACAGCAGAUUGUUCUGAAAGAUCUCCUCAUAUAUGCUAUAUACUCAGUGGAUUGGAUAUUCUAUACUCAGUGGAAUGAAGUUUCCUAAACAUAUUUGUGAUAAAAAGAACGAAUUUCUUUGAUUUUAUGAACUGUUUGAAUGGCUGAUAUUAGUACUUGACAAGUUGAAAUCUUUUCUUAUAAAUUCCAUGACUAUGCACAUUAA